AUGACUAAAACAAUUACAUAUUGGGAAACUCAAGCAGGUGCAUUAGAUCCUACUAGAGCUACACCUGAGACUGCAGGAUUGAGUCUAUAUUCAAUGAAUGCUUGUAAAAUACUGCCAAGGACAGUUCAGCUGAUUGAGACUGGAACUGGAAUUCAAAUUCCAACAAAGCAUUUUAGUUGGAUAGUGCCUCAGUCAACACUUGCUUUGAAAGGUAUUCAGGUUGUAAAUGGAGUUAUUGAAGCAGGUUAUCAAGGGGAACUUAAAAUUAUUCUGUUAAAUACUUCAGAUGAAAAUGUUCAUGUACAGAAAAAGGAUAGGGUAGCCCAAAUAUUUAUUGUACCUGUGUUAGGCGGUACCAUCACCAGAGGGCAGUCAUCACCUGUUACCACCAUUGAGAGGAAGCAGAUAUCUAGUAUGCAUGAAAUCAAUUCAGGUGCAAAAAUAUGA